GAUGUUAUGGCUCUUGGGGUGGUUUUGGGGGGGGGGGGAAUAAACUUGAUGACCAGAGAAACUUGCUACAGUCAAUCCCAGCAGCAUUGCGUUCCAAAAGUUAUUUACUGGGCUGAUCUCGAAUAGGUUAAAUUUGAGCCUGUAAAGUGUAAACAGAAUUAAAAAAGAAAAAGAAAAAAGAGUGUACACAGAAUCAAUGGCAUGUUACGUAAAUUCUACAAUCGUUGACUGGUUUGCGCAACAACGUGCAGGGGUUAGUAGAUAACAGAUCCAACGGUCUAAAAUCUAUCAUAUUUUCAUCUAAGGGUCAUAAAUACACACAAUUGAAUAAAAAAUAAGUUAAUUAACGGGGAGUAGCAUGUGCGUGUUACUGUUAGCCCAAGUCCAAUACAACAAAGUGGAUAAAAACCAAAAAAGUCUUUAAAGACUGUCAAGAAGAUUUCAUGUUCUUCUAUCAUUUCUCGGACAUCAAAGAAGAUUGUAAACAAGACCAAACAUGUCUGUCGUAAUAAACGCCAGGAUGGUGGCGUUUGCGGUACACGCGCUCGCCGUGGUCGCCUCGGUGAUGGUGUUUGUUUGGUCAAUAUGUUACAGAGGUGGAUUUGCGUGGGAAUCUACCAACAAGACCCUCAUCUUCAAUCUUCAUCCUGUUUUGACUCUCACCGGCUUAGUAAUUCUGGGAGGAGAAGCAACUAUAAGUUACAAAUCGCUUCCAUUUGAGAAACGUGUGAACAAAUUGAUCCACCUUGUUCUCCACGCAAUCGCCAUUAUUCUUGGAAUCUUGGGAAUCUAUGCUGCUUUCAAGCACCAUAACGAGAAACACAUCCCAAAUCUCUAUACCAUCCAUUCUUGGGUUGGUAUUGGUGUCAUUGUCCUUUACGCUCUCCAGUGGCUGUAUAGCUUUAUUGUCUACUUCUUCCCAGGAGGAUCAUCAGCUCUCAGAAGGGACUUACUUCCGUGGCACGUUUUCCUCGGUGUCUUUGUCUAUGUUCUUGCAGUUGGAAACUCGGUUUUAGGGUUUCUUGAAAAGCUUACUUUCUUGGAAAAGUCAGGGCUUGACAAGUUUGGAUCAGAAGCGUUCCUUGUCAACUUCAUGGCUAUUAUCACUAUUCUGUUUGGUACUUUUGUGCUUCUCAUUGUUUACUCCAAGUCUCCUCCCUCGGUUGAAGAAGAUAACUAUAGCUACUCAGCUAUAUGACUAUUCAAUUUUACUUUCCUUUGAAGUUUGUUUGUUUUAAACCUAAUAAUGCCACUUUCUUCUGUCGUAAAUUUUCUAGUAAUGGUCUUCAAACUUUAAUUUCUUUAAUAAAUAAUUUGUUUCUUGUAGUUUCAAUGGCUUCAAACCGGACGUUAUUUGUUCGGUCUGGGUGAACCAAUCAGGUCUGAAAUUAAACCUUAAUAUCUUAAUAUUAAACUAAAAUCUGAAAAUGGUUAAAAUGAAAAAAAAAACUGAUAUGAAUUUCAUCUAAUCUAUUAACUUGAACUCUUAUUUUAAAUUUACUGCACCAUGCGCAUAAAUAGUAGUUUCAAAUAUAAUAUUUUUUAUUUUAAACUAAACAUCAUUUACAUUUGAACAUUAUUAUUUUUAUAUUUUAAAUUCAACGUUUUGGAAAAAAAUAUAAAUGUAUUAUAGUCUUAUUUCCUUUUUUGGUUUAACUAUGACAAUUUAAUUUAGUUUAAAUAUCUAUAAAAUUUAAAUUACAUUUUAUAAUUAAAUUUUUACUUAUAUUAUAUUGUAUUUUUAAUGAUAAUUUAUUUUAAAUAUAUCUCUUAUCAUAUAUUUUAUAUUUAUCUAUAUUUAAAUAUAUAAAUUCUUAUAAGUUUGAACUUUUGUUUGUUUUAGUUAAAAUAUGCUAAAAUGAAAAAUAUCAAAAUUUUAAUUAACCUUCUGAACCGAUAAAUUAAAAUAAUUUUAAUCAUUUAAAAAUUAAAAAUUUAUUGAUUAGCGUUGCUUUAGUUUUAUAUUUGUUAAUGCACACUUAUAAUUAAUUUUGUUAAAAUAUAUGUGUUUAUACAAAAUAUGAUAUAUAAGUUGAUGAACAAAUUAUAUUUGUUGUUAUAUUCAGCUUAUAUUUAUUAAUGUAAUAUAUAUAUAUAUAUAUAUAUAUAUAUAUAUAUAUAUUAAUUUAAUGGUGAUUUAUGAGUUAUUAGUUUAUUAAUAUACUUUAGUAUUUUUUCCAAAAUAAAUAUUUAUAUAGAACAUAUACAUUAACGGUGAUGUAGGAGUUCAUAGUCAUUAUCUUUUUUUUUAAAACUUUACAAAAAAUAUAAAUUUUUAUAGUAAAAUUAUACAUGUAUAAGGUUAUGCCAUGCCAUCUUUUUCUUGUUGAAAUUGAAUGGGAUGAUGAUACAUAUGCGCUUAUUUUUUAUUAAUGUAAUACAUAUAUGCAGAUUAAUAUAACGGUGAUAUAUGAAUUAUUAGUUUAUUAAUAUAUUUUAGUAAUCUUGCCAAAAUAAAAAUUUAUAUAGAACGUUUAUAUAGAACAUUUACAUUAAAAGGCGAUAAUGAGUUAAUAAUUAUUAUCAUAUUAAAUUUUUUUACUAAAAAUAAUAUUUAAGGAAAAUUGUACAUGUUAUAAUAAAAUUGUCAUAUCAUUUUUUCUUGUUGAAAUUGAAUGUAAUGAUGACAAAUAUGUAAAUCACUUAGUAAACAAUGUUUAGGGGACUGAAUCAGUUUAAAAUUAAUAAAACAAUAACCAGUUAAAAUUAACAAAAAUUAUCAAUGAAUAGCAUACUAAAUUUUAAUUUUACGUUAUAAGAAGUUUAGAACACGUAAUAUCAGUGAAAUUAAUGAAGCUUACAUGCUGUAUUUCUCCUUUUGUCACGGACACAUGAAGCAUAUUCUUAUGGCAUGCUACUUACCUCUUUAAUUGAUCUAAUCCAUACCAUUACUCACCAAAAAUAACUCUCGUUAUAAGCUUUCGGGAUUUCAUGAUCUGUUUAACUGAGUUUUGAGUUUAAAAAAAAAACAAUAAAAUUUGCAGUUGUAUCUUUUUCCCUUAUCAUAACAAACGAAAAUGCAAUCGAACCAGGUGGAAAUUGAUGAAGCUUUGGCAGCGUCUCUGCUGUAUGAUGAUCCUGAAUCGACAAUUUGUGAUACAGUUACAUUAAGGCAGAUUCAACAGCAACAAGGUAAAUCAUUUUUUUUCAAAAAAAAAAAACAAGGUAAAUCAUUCCUAAGAUUUGUUUUAAUGACUGUUUGAUGUAUUGCUUUUGAUAUAGAAUUAGUUUAAAUGACAUAAAAUCAAAACUAUUUAGAAUUUAAAUAAUUGUUAUAAGAAAUAAAUUAGAGGGUAAAAAGUAAAUAUAAUUAAGCCUGUUAAAAUUUAUAUAUUAAGAUUUUUAUGUGUUAUUAUAAACGAGAUUUUGAAUUAAUUUUAACUUAAGAAUUAAUUUACAUAUUUCGAUAUCUAUAAGUAAAAAAAUAAAAUAAUAGAUAUGUACUAACUAUUACAUUUAUUGUAGCUAAAUCACAAUUACUCCAUUUAUAUUUUAUAAUAUACAAGAUUCUGAUAUAAGUUGGUAUACAUCUAGUAUGAUAAGUAUUUUCACAAAUUCAAGAGGUGUAUGAAACUUAUAAAUUCUUAUAAUGUCUUAUUAAUAUCUUACACUACUACCAAAAGUAUCUUUUAAAAGACUAUACUAUAUUAUUU